AUGUCCCACCAGCCCCAGACACCAACACAGUUCAGUGCACUUGUCCCACUGAUUCGAUCUCGUCUUGCAACCAGAGCACGCUCUCGGGGUCUUCCAUCAGAAGUCAGCAUGUCAUAUAGAGUGGCUCCCGAGGGGUAUGAGCUGUGCCUACGGUUGCUUCCCCUUCUGGACUGCGGCCUAGGUAAGUGGUGGCUAGCCAUAGAACCGAGACAGCAAUUACGUUUUGUGUGCUGCACCUUCUUUCUGUGUCUCCUCAUCGGCGAUGCCAUGGGGGAAUUAAAGAAAGCGAGUCGUGGCAAGGUGCCACCACAUAUCUCUCCACUUCAUGGCUCAUGAUGGUCCAGAAUCGCGACCACUGCCUCUCAAAGGCUUGUUCAAGUCGCUCCUCAUAGAAGGCUCUUGUUGCAGUAGCUUGUAGAGCUAUUGGCUGCUCAGCUGAGGCCAUUUUAGCUUGUAGGCUUUACAGGAUAUACAGUGCCUUAUAAGAGAGAAUAAUGCUUCAGGUCAGGAUAUAGGUGAGUAUCGGGCUUAACAGCGAUGGGUACUGGGAUAACCCCCACCGGUCCAAGGGGGGGGGACACAGGACUCGCACGCACCUCACAGCCAGCAGGAUCCUGCCGAGGAGGUCGGCCACCACUCCUGGCCGGAUCCACACAAGGCCGCAAUGUAGAGAAGUCAGGGUUUCGAUGACGCAAAUAACAGGAGUGCUCCAGCAAUACCUCCCAGUUGCGCCAGGACAACAUUAGAUCUCCGUCUGAGGUGAGAUUUCUUUAAAGGUUGUUUCAAGUAAUGAAAUUAGUUGAUUGAAAUGUGGAGCACAUUCUCCAGGUCAAGCCCCGCCCCCUUUGUUCUGUGUUUUUAUUCUACUAUGCAUCAUUAAGAAUGCAACAUUCAAACCCAAUGAUAUACAGAAUGGUCUAGCAGUAUAUGUUAUGCAGAUAAUGAUAUGUGCAAUAAUGAUGUAGUAUUUAGAACACUGUAUAGUUACUUAAUAUUGUAAUUUAAAAGCCGCAAUUUUGCUUCAAGUCCACAAGGUGGCAACAUGCCCAAAAGAGAAACAGAAAUUGACAUGUAUAGUGUAAAGUGACCGUUAAAUAUGUAUAUAUACAUAUAUUGUAAAGUCACUUCUUUAAAUAGAAAAAAUAGUGUUUUUUUAUCCCACUCACAUUUUAAGAAGCUAAUAUGCCCCUGGCUCACAAUGUAUUUGUAUCAGCAGUUUAACCUCCCGACUGGGGUCAGCAGAUCACGUCAAUGCAAAUAUGUACAUAAGGGAAUAGAAAACGCCAGUUGACAAACAAUGAGCGAAUAUACAUCGAAAUUUGCUCAGAAUUGGCUCUUGUACCUGGCUGGCUGAAGCUGCCCCAUGACAGAGUUACACCUCCAACCAGUGGCCGAACUUCAGUUGAGAGGGCCCUGAGUCAAGACCUUUUUUGCCCCCCCACUUCGCAAGAGUGUGCAAAAGGUAUAUCCCUAUCUGUCAUACAGCGCCCACAAUACGUUGCCAGCUGGGUAACUACCAUUUGUCCAUCCUUGCGGGGUUAUAUUAAGCAUUGAGCAGUGUUUGUGUGUUUGAAUGUGCGCAUGUUUUUGUAUGGAAUAUAUGUAGUGUUGACAUUUGAAUGCAGAUGUGCAUUUGUGGGUAGUGUUGGUUUUUGAAUGCAGGUGUGUGUUUAUAUACAGAGUUGGUGUUUUAAUACAGAAGUGUGUUUGUAUGUAGUGUAGAUGCUGAAAUGUAUGUACAUAUACACAUACAUUGGCACACACACACACACACACACACAGAUACACACUGACAUACAUGUAGAUACACAGAUACAAACACUGACACACAGAGAGACACAAUAAUACAAAUACAGACAACAUGCUGGCCAACAUUUUAGCCUUCCUCUAGUUUCCUAGCUUUUUUGGUGCAGAAGAGUGUCUUCUGUUGGCUGAGGCUGUUGGGAGUCAGAGGAUUACUGUAGCACUUUCCCCUUCCCCCUCUCAGUCUCUGUAGCUUGGGGAAAGUGAUGGCUCUUACUUACUCAUUGUAUUGGCGUCCAGUAUGAUAUAAUGAUUGAGUGAGGAAACCAGACUGAUAGUGGAAAUAUAAACAGAGCGAUCCAAAUAGUUUAGAAUAAAAAAGGAGAUAUAGACUUGAGAAGAAAUAAUACAUAGGUCUUUUUCUAACCAAACUUUUGGUUACCAAAACCAAUCUUAUUUAAAAUUGACUGGAUGGUCCUCUUAAUAAAUAAAGAAACAAUUGUAUUUAAAAAUAUAUAUAUUUUUUUCAAACAUGCCAAUGUUCUUUUUCCACUUUAAAUUCCUCCUUUUAUGUACAGUCAAAACUGCCCGUCAAUAUACAAUUUGGUUCUCCUCUGGAACUGUAUCAGGUCACUCACAAUCCUAUGAGAUAUACUUAUAUUGUACUUGGAAUAACGUAUUCCCUCUCCUCCUAUCCUUAACCAUCAUCUUUUAUAACAAUCUAAUAUCACAGUAUAGAAGUACUUGCCAAUUGUUUGACCACUGACCAGCUAAUUGUUUUUUUUAUUUUAUUAUUAUUGUGUUUUAGUUUUGUUCAUUCUCUCUGAGCAUAUCUAGUAACAUAUCUGAUACGUGGAUUGACUGCAUCAUUUUAAAAUUUACCUUAAGUUACCUGUGGAACCCUUUGACAUACUGUACCAACAUUGUGGAACCCUCUGAAAAAUGUUUGAGCCAUAGCACAAACCUUUUAAUUAACAUAGCGUAAGGUUUUCUUUUUUUGGCAAAUGUCUACAGAUAGCAAGCAGAUUGUAGGUGUGCUUCUCUGUGUGGAGUUGGUGUUUAUAUAUAAUUUUAGCAUUUUAAUAGAGCAAUGUGUUUGUAUGUUAUGCUUGCAUUUACGUGCAAUGGUGUGUUUGGAUGUAGUGUUAGAUUUUAAAUGCCGAUGUAUAUUUGUGUGUAUUAUUGGUGCUUGAGUGUAGGGUCUGUUUGAGGUUUUGCAUAUAAUUUGGAAUUCAGGGGUGUUUGUGUUUACAGGGGUGUGUUUGCAUGUUGUGUUUGUGUUUGAUUGCUGGGAUGUUUGCACAUACACACUUACACAGAUAUACAUACAUAUUAACAAGCAGAAAAACAUAUAGAAACACACUGAUAUACACACAGCCAUAUACACACUGACACAUACACACAUACACACAAUGACACAGACACAAACACUGGCACAUACACACAGAUACACACUGGCAGAUAGGCACAGACACGUAUAUGCACACUGGCACGUACACACACACUGAGAUACACACACUGACAGAUACACUGACACAAACAGAUACACACACUGACACACACACACACACUGACACAACACUGGCACAAAGAUACACACACACUGGCACACAGGUACACACUGGCACAUACGCACACAGAUACACUCUCUGGCACAAAGAUAUACACACACACUUAAAUACACACACUCACACAGAUACACACACUGACAGAUACACUGACACACAGAUACACAUAGAUUCACACACACUGAUACAUAGGCACAAAUAUACACACACAGGCACAUACAAACACUGACACACAGAUACACACUGGCACAUACACACACAGAUACACACUGACACACAUAUAUACAUAAACACACACCGACACACAUAUACACACACUGGCACAUGCACACAUAGAUACACGCACCAACUGGCAAAUAGAUACACAUACUGGCACAUACACACACUUAGACACACUUUGGCACGUGCACACACUGGCACAAAGAUAUACACACACACUCAAAUACACACAUUCGCACAUAUACGCACACAGACACACACUGUCACACACACACACAAGUGUGUAUGUUUCCUUACAGUGCUUUUAGUGGGCUAUUGGGUUGUUCAACAUUAAGAGCCGUCAGGUCAUUGGUUACACCUUUAAUGUGCUAAUUACAUUUUCACUUCCAGCAAGUCCCUUUGAUUUUAGUUCUAUAGAGAUGAGGUUUAUGGAUAUUGCUUGGCUUGUAUGUAUCGGAAUUGAUUCAUGACAACUGUUGGGCAGCGAAGCAGCUAGCAGCUACUAGAAGUGUCUAAAGGGAAAUGAAAACAAGAAAUGGAGCAGGCUUGGAUGUGACUUGGAUAUUCACAGUGUUCCAGAAGCUGCCAGGCACUUCUCACAGUGACAGCUGCUCUGGAUCAUCUCCAGCUAUUGCUACUUCAAACCAAUGGUCAGCUGUCAUUUACCUCCUUAAAUGGCAGCCAGGUGGCCUUAACCACUGUGAGAAGGGGGUCCUUAUACUAUAAAGCAUAUCUCAACAAUCCCAGUCAUACAUAUAUCGAUAACUAUUUUUACAAGGUCAUACCAAUGAUACAUUUCAUAAGACUUUGCAGCCUUGUAUGAUAUUCGCCCUUCUCUGACAAGCUUUGCAACUUUGUUUGUGACAGGACACCCCUGCACUUCCUCACUGUUCCAUCAUUCAUUUGAGCUGGACCAUUUCAUUUAGAUCUAUAUAUAUCACAUGGGGAGGCUACAUGACCCAACACAGCAGAGAGACAAGUAGCUCAUUAAGAACAAAAAAAGUACUCUAGAGACAUACAAGGAUUUCUGAAUCACAGGCCUGAGGUAUGUAUGGCAUGAUACUGUAUAUUUAGGAAUAUAAAAAGUAUUUUAAUAGAACCAACUCUCUAAUCUAUUCAUGUGGGUUCAAGGGCCUUGUUACCCCAUUGUCUUACAAAUAUAUUCCAUCUGGAGAAAGACAUGUCUGCAUUUAAAUUACAAAUAAUUGCCACGUGUGUCUGAAUUGUAAUUCCAUUUUUAGCAUUUUUUAUUUCAAUCAAACCUUGUUAAAAUCAAGUAAUACAGUCUAAUAAGCCAAAUAUAUAUUAAGACAUCCAGAUUUUAGACUUCAAAUAGACAUGAUCUGAUUUUAUUUCUUUGUAAUUAUUUUUGUUGUAUUGUGUUCACAGUGACACAUCACUGAUUACCUAUGUUUCAGAAAGGAAUUCAGUAAAAACAUAGUUAUAAAUGUAGCUUUAAUGGAUCUAGUCACACACUAGUAAUGUUUUGUCAUUCAGAACAUAGACUUUGAGAUCUAUUCAGUGACAGAAUUAUACUAAACUGAGAUUUGUCCAGUGCCUACAAAACUACUUAUUUUAGGCAAAAUUUGCCAAUUUGGAGAAUUAACCAACUGAUCAUUUUCCCAGUUAAGAUAUUUUGGCCUAAAAUGUUCAACUUAUUUUUUUUGUUAAUUUUCCACAAUGACCAACUUUCAGGGUUAUUCGCUACAGUGUAAACUUAACAGAUUUUUCAAGGCAGUCGUGGCUUUAGUUAUGGUUUCAGUGGCUAUUUUGGCAAAACUCUGAUAUAAACUUUGAAUUUCUGGCAAUUUAUACUUUAGUGAAUAACCCUCUAAGUAAAUAUAACUGAAUUCAUUUUCACUGUUUUUUUUCUAGUAGACCUUAAUAUUACAGUCUCCUGACAAUUGCUGGUUUAGUGAUUAACAGAGUUUGGACUAUCCACUAAAGUACGAAUUGCCAAGAAUUCAACAUGUUCAAAGUGAAUUUAAAAAAUUAGAAUACCAUAGCCAAAAUUGGAAAACAUUAGCUAUUAUUUUAAGGUUGGCUUUUGGUCUAAAAUUUGAAAUUCGCUAUAGGAUAUAUUUAAUAAAGUGAGAAUUGUUGAAAAUUUAAUAUGAAUUGAAAUUUUACAUCAAAAUAGUUGUACUAGAAACAUUGCUGAUUUUUUAGAAUUCUGCUAUUUUGUCGUUAAACUUUUAAUUCUUUUUGAAUUCCCAAGAGUUCUUAUUUUAAUAAAUCUACUCUUUCGAAUUUGCAACAAUUUUACAUUUUAGUGGAUAACUAUGAGCAUAAGCUCACAUCAUGAAACACAGAUAUGCUGUAAUAUAUAUAUAUAUAUAUACAUACAAUGUCCAUAACCCUAUGUUUGUAAACUCAGAAUUUGAGAAUUAUAAUUCAUAAAAAUAUUUUUUUUCUAAAGUUAUGAAUAUGAAUGAUUCUGAAAGAGAUCAAACUCCUGCACAAUAGCACAUAUGGCUCAUGAUGUAUAAAUGUCAUUGUCAGCACUACAGCACAUUAAGAUGUUAUUAUUCACCAGCCUACUACAGGCUGGUGAAUAUAACAUCUUAAUGUGCUGUAGUGCUGACAAUGACAUUUAUACAUCAUGAGCCAUAUGUGCUACGUACACUGUAAGACUUUUUUUGUAUGAUUGGCAAGUGGAGAGUAACUUUAAGGAAAAAAUUGCUGAUCAGGUAAAAAAAAAUCCUAUAUAGCUAUAGUAAAAGUCUGGCUGUUUUACGCUACGUUUUGGCUUCAAUUUUCUAAAGUUUGUUGUUUAGUUAAUAAACUCCUGGUUUUAAAAUCCUUCAUUUACAGAUCUAAUAUAUAUUCAGUAAUGGACAAGUACAAUUGUUACAGGCCUCGCAGCCAACAAAGUAACAUUUAAUGAAGUAACCUAUUUAACAUUACUACAAAAUAAAUAGUAAUUCAUUAGAUUGACUUUUAUUUUUGUUACUAAUAUAUUUGGACCUUUAUCAUAUGGUGUCCAUGACACUUAGUAAACCCAACUUUGACAAUGUGGCCGGCAUGUUGGAGGUGGAAUCAGGCAUUGCUAGACUGUAUCAGGAGUGUAUCUGUAAUGGAGGAGGGAGUAACACUGUGUGAUUUCAGCUGUGACAGGUGGCAGAAACACAUGGAACUGAAGUCACAGCUCACUCUCCAUAAAUGGUCAACAGGCUGUAAGAUGACUGUAGAGUCACAUGUGUGCUGCAAGGGACAAACACACAGAGCCAUUAGCCCCAUAGAUUGCUGGAUAUCAUCACUUUUUGUUUGUUUUUGUGUCCCAGCUGUAAUCUUAUCUAUUUCCCUGCAUUGUAUUUGUCAGCUGUCAUUUACCUCCUUAGAUACAUUCACUUUAUCUUGCUUUGUUACUGAUUUGCAGUUUCCAUUUUUAUAGCUCUUAAAGGAACACAUUUAAAAAAAAUUUAAAAUUAUAUAUAUAUAAAAUUUACUUUAGAGGUGUUCUUUUACUGCUUUCGAUUAUGUACCCUCUCUUUUAAAUAAGUAAAAUUUAAAAGCGCUAAUUCAAUUGAAUUCAGACAGGCAGACUCCUUGCUGCAGCCCAAUCCUCUCAUGAUAAGAUAAUCAAUCCGAAUGAUAUCUGGACCAAAUUAAUGGUUGACAUCAAGAACCAGUGCAGACCUUUGGCACAUGUGUAGCAGUUGCCGGCAUCUCAUAGAGAUAGAUUGAAUCCAAUACUUCUGUUUAGGAUAUAUUAUCCAUGUUCUUUUGCAUCAUUCUAGGUUUGUUUUCAGUCAAAUAUCACCAUUGUGAUUAGCAAUAUUUUAUAUUGUCUGAGAAAAGGGACAGCAUCUCUACACCAAAACUACUACAUUAAAUAGCAGUGAUUUUGAUGUUUAGAGUGUGCCUUUAAAAGUAAUUUCUGUGCCAGUGGCUUAAUUGAAAUGUAAAUGUUUAUUUCAUUUCUAUUCACCUAAUUAGUCCAAGGUUCUUAUUUUUCAGUCUGUGAUUAUGUUUUGUUACCCUAAAGGUAAUUUAAAAAAAAAAAGAUUGCAUAAUAAUGAUUAUAUUAAUUUGGAUUAGUACUUAGGACAUGUCUGAGUACAGCUGUCUCUUAUUUAGACACACCAUAUGACCAUUAACUAUAAUUAAUUAUUGUUACAGCACAUUAAACUAACUGUGACAAACAAAAUGUGUCAUACAAAGCCAAGAGAUGAUGAACAUGCAGCACAAGAAUGGAUUCACUCUAAAGUAAAGUGCAAAACAACGUCCAUUUAAAUCAGUGGUGUCUGUCAAAUUUGAUGGAUGAGGGGUUUUGCUUGUCCGUUGUCAUCAAAACACGUUCACUGGGAAUGAUGCAGGAAUACUAUCAGGGUUAUCUACUAAAUUGAGAACUCAAAGUGAUUUUUGAAUUUAAGGUCAAAUAAGCCAAACUGGAAAAUAUCUCCAAGUCAACUAUGAUUUCUGUUUGGAUACUGUAGUUUUAAAUCUGAAAUUCACUUUGACUUUACUUUGAAUUCUCACUUUAGCAAGAUCCUAUCAGAGAAGCCAUAAGAUCCAUCUCCCACGAUGUCAUGCCAACCCUUAUAAAGGAGCAUUGGGAAGGAAAAACGCAUACACGGUCAGUACUGCGCUCCUUCAAUCAGGAAGGCAACCACUAGAGGCAACUAAAUAGCAAUAUUUUAUAUUGCAGGGUUAAAACUAAAAUACCACUGCACCAAGACCCUUUCACUGAGAUGAAGUGGUCUGGGUGCCUGUAGUGGUCCUUUACGUCUUUAACCUCUUUUUUUUUUACCAGGAGUUACUCAUGCCCCACGUACCAAUACUUUAGAAAUGCUCAGGGUUAUUCAAUAACCGUGAAUCAUAAGGAAAUGACCAGGGAAUUCAAAAGUGUGACCAAAAUCGCUGAAAUAGAAAAAAGUGGAGUUGGAGAAUUUUCCAAUUUCAAUUGGUUAAAAAAAAAGUAUAUUAAAAGAAAAGUCAAUAAAGUUAUUCCUUAGUAAAUUUUGGGCGAGUCCUCAGUUAGAUAAGCAUCAAACAGGUUUGUUUAGCAGAGUGAGCAAGUUCUCAAACCUCAUCAUAGGCAGUUUGUAACAUAAGCAUUAUUCAACGAUGUUUGUACAUUGUGGUGUUCUUCAAAAAAUGGUGUCACCUAACUUUUUACUAAUUAAUUUCAUUUUAUAAUUUACUUGUACAAGAUGGAAGAUCCAGUUCAGCUAAAAGAAGAAGGAAACAAGUAUUUCCAGUCAAAUGAUUAUGAUAAGGCGAUAGAAAGUUACAGCAAAGCAUUAAAUCUCAUAAAAGACAAGAAGAUACUGGCUGUUCUCUAUCGUAAUAGAUCAGCAUGCUUCCUGAAAAAGGUAAGGCAAUAGCUGGAAUUAGGAGACUUACAAAAUGCCUAAAGACCUGAAGUGGUUUUGCAAGUUCCUUUAUCUAAAUUUUUCAGUAUGCAUGCCAAGUGCGGGAUUCAGAACUCUGCACCAAAAAGAGCAUGUAGGAGAAUUUCUUCAACUGGUUGUGUUGCUUGUUCCUUUUUAUGUGGUUUUAUGUAAGCAGUACAACUAUAGUUAUUCUUGCAUGAACACACAUAUUUCAAAGAAUAAACCCACCAUUUAGGUGGCUUGCCCCCCCUUAGCCCACCUAUAAAAGUUUAAAACACACCUUAUUUCCAGUGCCACGCGGGUCUUCCGGUGAUGGCUCUGCCCCUUUGGUGACAUCAUCAAAAUGGCAGAUUUUUAGCCAAUCCAAUGCUUUCCCGAUUGGCUAAAAUCAGCACAGGGGCAGGUUCAAAUGCCAUUUUGGCCAAUCAGGACCUCCUCAUGGAGCUGCAUUGAAUCAAUGCAUCUCUAUGAGGAAAAUUCAGCGUCUCCAUGCAGAGCGUGGGGACGCUGAACGGCAGUGCUGCUUACUGUGCAACCCUGAGCCAGGAAGCACCUCCAGUGGCCAUCUAAGGAGUGGGAACUUGGAGGUGUCCCUAGGGGCAAUGUAAACACUGCCUUUUCUCUGAAAAGGCAGUAUUUACAUGAAAAUGCCUGAAGGGAGCUAUUAUACUCACCAGAACAACUACAUUAAGCUGUAGUUGUUCUGGUGACUAUAGUGUCCCUUUAAUUAUUAUUAUUAUUAAAAGCAACAACGCAAACAAUUGUUAUCUAGCAUUUAAUAAAUGAUCGCUUUAUAUACUAUUGAAACAAGAUUUGUCUAGAACUUCCACUUAAAGGUAUGUCUGUCCACAAGCCCUCCUUGGCUGAAGGUAAGCCACUUUGAUGCAUUUGUGUAUGCAAUUCAUAGAAAAUAUAGCCUUUACAACUGUUUUCUGUCUUUUGAAAUAGGAAAACUAUAUACAGGCAGCGACAGAUGCAUCAAAAGGUAUGAUUUACAAUUUGUACCUUUAUUUUACAAGCAAUGUAAGAUUAUGGAUAAUGCAGCUUUUGGUUUGUAUUCACAUGUGAAUUAUUGAGUCUUCUGAACUAAAUUUUUAGCUUAUUGAGCCUUUGCUUACUUUCCAUGUUUUGUGUUAGAAGAUAUUUUACACAUUCAAUGUCUUGUAUGGACAUUACAUGUAUUUCCUAUUCUUUUGUGGAACACUUACUAAACAGGGACACUGCCCUUUUGCAUGGUUUCAGAGCUAGCAUAUGGAAUGCAGCAAUUUAUACAGCUGAUACAAGAAAAAUUUGAAUAUCGUGCAAAAGUUAAUUUAUUUCAGUAAUGCAACGUAAAAGGGGAAACUAAUAUAUGAGAUAGACACAUUACAUGCAAAGCAAGAUAGUUUAAGACGUGAUUCUUCAUAAGUGCGAUGAUUAUGGCUUACAUCUCAUGAAAACCCCAAAUCCACAAUCUCAGUAAAUUAGAAUAUUGUGAAAAGGUGCAAUAUUCUAGGCUCACAGUGUCCCACUCUAAUCAGCUAAGUAAGCCAUAACACCUGCAAAGGGUUUCUGAGCCCUUAAAUGAUCUCUCAGUCUGGUUCAGUAGGAAUCACAAUCAUGGGGAAGACUGCUGACCUGACAGUUGUGCAGAAAACCAUAAUUGACACCCUCCAUAAGGACGGAAAGCCUCAAAACGUAAUUGCAAAGGAAGUUGGAUGUUCCCAAAGUGCUGUAUUAAAGCACAUUAAUAGAAAGUUAUGUGGAAGGGAAAAGUGUGGAAGAAAAAGGUGCACAAGCAGCAGGGAUGACUGCAGUCUUGAGAGGAUUGUCAGGAAAAGGCCAUUCAAAUGUGUUGGGGACUUUCACAAGGAGUGGACUGGGGCUGGAGUCAGUGUAUCAAGAGCCACCACACACAGACGGAUCCUGGACAUGGGCUUCAGAUAUCAUAUUCCUCUUGUCAAGCCGCUCCUGAACAACAAACAACGUCAGAAGCGUCUUACCUGGGCUAAAGAAAAACAGACCUGGUCUGUUGCUCAGUGGUCCAAAGUCCUCUUUUCUGAUGAGAGCAACUUUUGCAUCUCAUUUGGAAACCAAGGACCCAGAGUCUGGAGGAAGAUUGGAGGUGCACACACUGCAAGAUGCUUGAAGUCCAGUGUGAAGUUUCCAGAGUCUGUGUUGAUUUGGGGAGCCAUGUCAUCUGCUGGUGUUGGUCCACUGUGCUUCAUUAAGUCCAGGGUCAACGCAGCCGUCUACCAGGAGAUUUUGGAGCACUUCGUGCUUCCUUCCGCAGACGAGCUUUAUGAGGAUGCUGACUUGAUUUUGCAGCAGGACUUGGCACCUGCCCACACUACCAAAAGCACCAAAGCCUAGUUCAAUGACCGUGGGAUUACUGUGCUUGAUUGGCCAGCAAACUCGCCUGACCUGAACCCCAUAGAGAAUCUAUGGGGCAUUGCCAAGAGAAAGAUGGGAAACUUGAGACCAAACAAUGCAGAAGAGCCGAAGGCUGCUAUUGAAGCAUCCUGGUCUUCCAUAACACCUCAGCAGUGCCACAGGCUGAUAGCUUCCAUGCCACCACGCAUUGUGGCAGUAAUUGCUACAAAAGGGGCCAAAACCAAGUACUGAGUACAUAUGCAUGCUUAUACUUUUCAGAGGUCCGAUAUUGUUCUAUGUACACUCCUUGUUUUAUUGAUUGCAUGUAAUAUUCAAAUUUACUGAGAUUGUGGAUUUGGGGUUUUCAUGAGCUGUAAGCCAUAAUCAUCGCACUUAUGACAAAUCACAGCUUGAACCAUCUUGCUUUGCAUGUAAUGCGUCUAUCUCAUAUAUUAGUUUCCCCUUUUACGUUGCAUUACUUAAAUAAAUGAACUUUUGCACGAUAUUCUAAUUUUUCGAGUACCACCUGUAAGUGCUAUGAUGAAACGUUUUGUCAGCCAGUAGCCCCUCAUCUGUUGUAGAUCAUAAUAUUCACAGAUUCUUCCAAAUUAGUUCCGAGGGUUUUAUUCUUGUAAUGAAGUUUAAAAUAUCUUGACAAAAUGCGAAAGCUGUUACACAAGUAACAGUAAGGUUAAUUCUUCAUUAUUGCAUUAUGGCUGUAUCUUAUAGCUUAGAUGUUCAUGUCAAAUGGUCAUCAUGGAUAUAUAUAUUUUCUCAUCUAAAUACACGCACAAUACAAUUUUAUAGACCUUGCUAAAUUCUGGAUGCUGGUGUAAAUUAAGGGGUAGGAGGUAGACUUGCCAGUUGUUUUCAAUGUUUGCAGUCUUUAUAUCAGCAACCUUGUACACAGGAGACAGUAGUUGCAGAUGACACAAAAUUCUUUAAAGUAAUGCAAUGUGAGCAGGAUAUUACUUUGCUGCAAGGGAAUUUAGAUAGAUUGGGAGAGUUGGCUGAUCAAAUUUAAUAUAGAAAAAUGCAAAGUUAUGCACUUUAGGGUAAGGAAUACACAAGCAACUUACUAAAUGGUAGUGAAUUAGGAAAAACAACACAGAAGAAGGAUCUGGGAAUUGGUAUAAACUGCAAACUAGGCAAAAAUGUGCAAUGUCAAUCAGCAGAUGCUAAGGUCAAUAAGGUUAUAUGUCUCGUCUAAAAAAAAUGGCAUUAAUUUUUGUGGUGAAAAUAUAAUUUUGCCUCAUUAUAAAUCACUGGUAAGACCACACUUAGCUGUACAAUUUUUGGGCACCUGUUCUAAAGAAGGAUAUUAUGGCACUAGAAAAAGUUGGUAAACAAAAGAAAGGUUAAGUUUUUAUUAUUAUAGAAGUAUUUUCAGGCCAAAACAAAACAUCGUCUGGAAAUCUAUUAAUAAACAGGACUAUUCAUAGGAUGCAAGGUCACACAUUUAGACUGGAAGAAAGAAGAUUUAGUCUAAGGCAAAAUAAGGGUUUUAUAUUUUUAACAGUAAGAGCUAUAAGGACGCGGAAUUUUCUGCCUGAAGAUGUGUUUUUAUAAGUCUGUACAGAUGUUUAGAUAGCAACUGGAUGAAUACUUGCAAAAACAUAAUAUUCAGGGUUAUCAUGCUUCAAAACCUCCCAUCAAAAGCAUUCUCUGACAUCUUUUUUUUUUUUUUUGAUAACAAUUGGAAAAGGGACAAUGGGGAGCAUGUGCUAUAAAGUCACUGUACAAAAAUUAUUUGGUAUGUGUUCAUAUGUCAGUAAAAUGGCUCAUUCAUGUUUAAGUACAAAAUGCAAAUAGAUGGAUUGCAUUUCAUUACUUCUGAAGCCUUUUGUUAAACAUCUUCAAAUAAUCUUGCAUGCUCUCUUUCCAGCUAUAGAUGUGGAUGGAUCAGAUAUCAAAGCAUUGUAUAGGCGCUGCCAGGCAUUAGAGAAACUAGGAAAAUUGGACCAAGCAUUUAAGGAUGUUCAGAGAUGUGCAACAUUGGAGCCAAACAAUAGGACAUUCAGAGAGACGCUGCACCGCUUGGGCACUGACAUCCAGGAAAAGGUUAGAAGAGCUAAAUAUAAUUUUGCUGCAGACACAAAUUUAAUUAGCUAUCUCAGUUUUACUUUUAUAUUCUACAGUUUAUGAGAUUUCAGAAAUAGUUUGAGGAUUCUUUUCAAGUUACGGUAUUUGUGUUUAAAUUUAGAUGAAAUUUAGAUGUGUUCAUAUGUUUAAUUGUUUCUUAAAUUUCUUUAGAGUGAGUUAACAUAUAACAUUGUCUAUCAUACAUGACAGUUUCAAAGACUUCCCAAAACCACACUCAGAUGAGGGCCUUAUGUCCUAAGCAACUGCUAUUAAUAAACUCAAUAUUAUGAAACAUAGAACAGUACUGAAGAGGCUUAAUGUCAGAAAAGUUUAUACAAUGUAUUACCAAGAUUAUAUUGACAUCAUAUUUAGCUGCUAAUACUCUUCUCGUUACUCCAAACAUAUAUUGUGUUCCUUCUAAAAUAAUUGCUCCACUAUUAUGGCUUACAUAGAAUAAUGUACACCAUAGUAUACUCACUCAUACAGAGUCUUUAAUUAGCUCUGUAAUGAACCAUCACUAUGAAUGAGAUCAUAUAGACAUGUGUACAUACUGUUUAAUAGAUUUACACACCAUAUUACAACAUAUCAAUUCUCCGCAGUGCAUUUACUGUACAUCAUCUAUGUUUCCUUCCACGUAUUUUUAUAUGGUGCGUAUGGAACAGAUUAGGGAUAUGUGUAAGAUAAAGUAGUAGCAAAUUGUUUGAGCCAUGAUAAAUAUGGGUCAUACCAGAAUAGUCAUCUAUUAUCUGUACAAUAGUGACCGUUGCAAAACAACACAGAUGAGAAUUUGUUUUAAAGGUUUAACUAAUGUGCUUUACACUCUACACAGCUUCGUGUACAGUUCUCAACUGACUCCCGGGUUCAGAAGAUGUUUGAGAUCCUACUGGACCCGAAUAGUGAAAAAGAAAAGAGAGAGAAGGUGGGCAUAUUUGAAUGUACUCCAGUGUAAUUUCAUGAUGAUUACCUCCAUUCCCUGUGCCAUGGACAGUCCAGAAAAAUAAUGCAUUUUAAUCUGCAGUCGGUCUUGUGCGGUUUUCAGAAAAUUUAUAUAAAGCUACAUUUAUAUAAAACUGAAUUUAUUUCACAUUCAUGAUUUUGUCGUUGAAGCUAUUUAGACAUAUAAGUUUAGUAAUAAUAAUUUAGUAAUAAUUUUCUUUAAACUUCUUUUAGUCCUUUAGUCUCCUUUAUUUGUCUUUUUUCCAUAUUCCAGGCCGCCAACAAUCUCAUAGUUCUAGGCAGAGAGGAUGCUGGCGCUGAAAGAAUCUUUCAGAGCAACGGUGUGAAUCUUCUUCUGCAGCUGGUGGAAACCAAAGAUCCAGAGUUGGUUAUUUCGGCAGUGAGGACACUUUCAGGCAUGUGUGCUGGACACAGGGCGCGAGUAAGUCUCUAGUCUACACGGUUGUCCUGACUCUAGGGUGGGGACCUAGUACUUUAGUACUUUGCUGUCAGAAAUGUGUAAACUAGUGCUACUCUGGGGGGAAUCGUGUGCCCCCCUUGAUCAAUGUUGUUAAAGUGGAACAGUUGCCAUGGGAACCAAUGAAAUGAUCCACCUUUUGGUACUUUUGAGAAUUGUUCUUAUGUAGCUUCUUAGCAACUGUAUAUUUAACUUUAUUACAGAAAUCAUGGUAUUUAGUUGUAUACAUUUAUUAACCCCUUAAUGAUGCAUGAUAUUAUUACAUCAAGGGACACUAUAGGCACCCGGACCACUUUAUCUCAUUGAAAUUGUCUGGGUGCAGUGUCCCUAUCCUUCUUAGCCCUGCAAUACAAAACAUUGCUGUUUCAGAGAAACUGCAAUGUUUCUAUUGCAGGAUUAAGACUGCCUCUAGUGGUUGUUUACCAGACAGCCACUAGAGAUGCUUCUAGCUGUUUCACAGAGUCAAACUGUGAACUGUGAAUGAUGCUGGACAUUCUCGCGGUUUCAUGAGGACAUCCAGUGUCUUCAAAUCCCCCAUGGGCAGGGCAGGGCCGGGCUGGCCCACUGCAGACCGGGAAAGCUUAGGCUGGCCAGGGGCUGCAGCAGCUGUAAAAGUUUUUUUUGUAUUUCUUUUUAAUUGCUGGGUAGCUGCACGGAGCGGCAUAACAUAGUCGCUCCUCACAGUGAACGGACAUGCAGCAAGCCACCGGGAUACCGAGUGACGUCCUAUCCCGGCGGCCGGCAAUCAGUGCAAGCAGGAGAGAAGUGACAGCUCUCACCCAGCUCCAGACCUGCAGACCUAAUGAUGAUCCAGUAAACCAUUGGGAAGCAGCUGGUAAUGGUACUGUGCAGAAGGAGACUCUGCAAUUUGUUUAGGUAUGUGUCGAUGUGUCUGUGUUUAUGGGCCAGUGUAUAUAUGUCAGUGUCUGUAUUUGUUUAUGGGUCAGUGUGUCUGUGUUUGUUUAUAAGUCAGUAUAUAUGUGUCAGUGUCUGUAUUUGUUUAUGAGUUAGUGUGCCUGUGUUUAUGGGUCAGUGUAUGUGUGUCUGUUUUUGUGGGUCAGUGUAUAUGUGUCAGUGCGUCUGUGUUUAUGGGUCAGUAUAUGUAUGUGAGUGUGCUUGUGUUUGUUUAUGGGUCAGUGUAUGAGUGUCAGUGUGUCUGUUUAUGAGUCAGUAUAUCUGUGUCAGUAUGUCUGUGUUUGUUUAUGGGUGGUUGUUUAUGGGUAUGUGUAUGUAUGUCUGUUUGUGUUGGGUCAUUGAAUGUGUUAAUGUGUGGAUGGGUCAAUAUGUCUCAGUGUAUGUAUGUAUGGACCAGCGUGUGUGUCUGUGUUGGUGUCAAUGUGUAUAUGGGUCAGUGUGAAGGUUUUAACUUGUUUACAGGAUAUUUGAAGGUAUUAUACAAAUGCAUAUAUAAUAAUAUAUAUGUAUUAUAUUACUAUUUACAUGAAUAUAUACUAUAAGCACAAUGUGUAUGAGUGUUAUGCUUAUAAUUUAUACACAAAUAUUAAUAUAAAACAAAUGCGUUAAAAAACAUGUAUAUAUGCAUUAAACAAAUUGUAUAAACAAAAAAAUUUAUUGAAUAAAAAUUGCAAUUGGCAUUACUUAGUCCUGACACUGACCUAUAUUACCUAAUCCAGAUGUUAAAAUCACGGGCAUACAGUCUAAAGCAGGGCCAGCGCUAGCCUAUGGCAACUAAGCGGCUGCCACUGCCCUGCACUUUGGGGGCUCUCACUUGGCAGGUGCACAAAUUUACUGGUAGGAGGAUGAAUGGGCAGCGAGGGAGAUAUGUACUCACUAUGUUCCUUCUGCACAGUUCCCUUGUACACCAUGUAGUGUAUUAGCAGCUGGUAUGUGAAGUCACCCCAGCAUUAGUAUCACUACAAGCUGAUGAUGGGAACUGUGCAGGAAAAGCACAGUGAACCCAGCAGCCCCACUGAACCCCAGCGAGAGGAUCCAUCCCAGCUCUCCCAGGCACAGGUAGGGAAGCUAAGUAUGUCUGUGAUUAGAUGUUUGUAUGAGAAUGUGUAUGGGAUUAGUAAAUAACUCCCUAAUUUGGUAUCUUUAAAUAUGGUACUCCCAAAUAAGGAUAACAAAUUAGCAGCUAUCUACUAAACAGCUGAAAGAUGAAAUGAAGAAUUGCUUUUCUUAAUUUUGACAUUUCAUCUGUUUAAUAGAUAACUCCCUAAAUUGGUACCCUUAUGUAGAUUUGGCAUAUUUAAGGAUACCAAAUGAGGGAGCCAUUUAGCAGAUAGCUCCCUUAUUUGGCUAUCAGACUGCAAGGGGGUGUUCCCAAACUAAUUAAAAAAUGUGACGAUUUCUCUUGAAAUUACCAAUUUUAUGAAUUGGGGGGCACACAGUUAACACCUAAAGCACUGUAGCAAGCUGAAGGGGGCUUUAGGGGUCCAUCAAGUUGCAGGGAGAAUUUUCAAUGUUAAGUCUUUCUUUCCACUUCUGAAUUACGUGCUAUACUAAAGCGAUUCAUUAUAGGGCUGGUAAAAAAUUUUUUUUUUUCGAGGGCUGUUCUUUAUUCCCAGUCCAGCCCUGCCCAUGGGAAGGCAUUGAAUCAGUGCUUUCCUAUAGGAACGCCUAAUGCUGCAGAGUGUGUGCCACGCAUGCUCAUCUGGUUCCCCCUCUGCGCUGACAUCUGAUCAUAAGGUGUGUGUAAAAGGAUUUUUUCAACACCUUAUUUGCCAGAGGGGGAGAUCUAACAGGGCAGGGGGUAGAAGGGGCAGAAGAACACUUUAGUGUUUGGAGUAAAGCUUCGUAUUCCUAACACAAAAGUGUUCUUUUAAAGACCCAAAAUGGAAUAUGCAGUGUGCGAAAGUCAUAUCUAAGUGGGCAUGUAUGAAAGAAAUCAAGAGGUUUCAGACGUGACCAGGUGCUUAGCUGGACCUCGGUCAAUAGUAGAAAGAACAGAAGUGUCCAGUGUUUAUUGGAUAACAUAGCAAUGUUUUGACCUCAACUAAGAUCUUUAUCAAGCCAAUGACACAUGAAGUUACAGCGACAGAGAUCCUUAUUUAAAUGCUAUCAAAAUUUCGAACUGUAACACCAAGAAAAGUCAGGUCUCUUAUAUAGCACUGUGACUUCACAGUAUAGUGGCAAAUGCAUACAUUGAGGGUAUCGUAGCUGAACACAAUUUGGGGUUUUGUACUGGAGUAGCACAUAUCAGGUUUAUGAAAUACAGACACAAAAACUAGCAGAGAUUGGCUGUUAAAUGGCUAAGUAAAUAUUGUUGAAAUACCUUUAGGUAAAGAGCCUGUGAUAUCUACUUUAUUAAAUAUAUGCUUUUUUUGUGGCAAUGUUUUCUGUGAUGGAAAACAAACAUACCAAAUUCGAAAACUUAUCCACAUUGAAAUGUUAUUUAACUCCUUUUUUUGUAAUGGCCCAUUCAUAAACAGAGAUCCUAGACAUGUGAUGUACUCUGUAAAGCGGGGGAAAUAAAUACAUUUAUUUUAAAUUACUGUUCUUAAAGGGACACUCCACUGCCCAAAUACAAAAACAAUAAAAUGUGCCAUUUAGUUUAUAUACCCCCAAUAAAAACAUGAUCCAUUUAAUUAUGCAUUUUUUCCAUUGUGGUUAUAUCUAAAAACAGCUUGCAGGAGCUGCAGAUUUCAUGACUGAAUCCUUUGCAAGCCCUUCUCUUUCGCCCAGCUCUCCAAAUACAGACUUCCUAAACAAAGCUCAAUGUUAAGUGUUUGCAAGACAGAUGCACUGGGCAAUUUCCAGUCUCUUGGGUUUAGUUCAACUGAACUAGCCAAACCAGGAAGUAACAGGCAAGUUGUUAGAUUGACAGCCAGGGGGUGUAACAAGGAUAAUUUAUAAAAGUGCCUAUUUCUAUUGUUAAAUUAAAAACGAGGACACGCUAAGGCUAAAGUGCCUUCGGGGUCUGGAGGAUCAGCUGCUCUAAAUAUGUAAAUAUUAUUAUUGCCAAAAUUGGGAAAAAUAUAUAUAUAUAUAUUUUUUUUUUUUGUCCUUCAGUCAUUGUGUAACAUUUUUGGAUUAUAUGAUAUAGGCAACAGCUGUCCUGCAUCUUGUUGGAUUUAACCGAAUUUGCAGCAUUAUGGCUGUAGACAAUGAAGAGAUUGCACUAGCAACUUGCAACCUAGUGCAGAACAUUGUGGAUUCAUUAACAGAAGAAGAUAAGAAAGACCAUGGGAAAGCAGAUGCUUUGGUAUUAGGUAAGAGGAAUCCACAGAGAACCUGGCUCCUAAUUUGAUGAAUCCUUCGGAAUUGACAUCAUUGUGUUUGGGAUAUCAUGCACUGGGGUAUAAUUCUUUGCAUUUUUCAGCAAUAAAACAAGCUCUGUUUUGAUGUGUAAAACUAUUUAGUAGUGGAUGCUAAGGCAUUAUUUUCAGAAGUAUUUCUUAAAUAUUUUCGAUUAUGUACAUUUUGUGAAAUUCUUAAAAUGGAAACACAUGUUGCAAUGUACAAAACAAACAAUUGGGUAUAUUAUUUGAUAACAGCAUAAAAAACAUAAAGCAUUUGGAUAGUACGUUUCUGCAGAUAAUGUCCUGACAGGUUAUCCUGUUUCUUCUACUUCAGGUACCAAAAACUUUGGUUAUGUGUGAGGAAUGAUUGCUCUUUUCCCUUUGAUUCAGUUCGGGAGUCUAGUAAGGCAGGUCAUGUAAUUAAGCUACCCUUCACUUUUCUACACUAUACACACUGAUCAACCACAACAUUAAAUCCACUGACAGGUGAAGUGAAUAACAUUCUUUAUAUCAUUACAAUAGCACUUAUCAAGGGGUGGGAUAUAUUAGGCAGCAAGUAAAAAGUCAGUUCUUGAUUUUCAAGCAUUGGAAGCAGGAAAAAUGGUCAAGCUAAAAGAUCUGAGUGACUUUGAUCUUUGGGGGAAAUAGUGAUGGCUAGAUGACAGAGCAUCUCCAAAAUGACAAGUCUUGUGGGGUGGUCAUGGUAUGCAGUGGUUAUUACCUAUCAUGAGUGGUGCAAUGAAGGAGCACCAGUGAGCUGCAGUCAGGGGCGACCAAGGCUCAUUGAUGCACAUGGGGAGCAAAUGCUAGCCCUUCUGUUCCAAUCACAUUAGAGCUACUGUAGCUCAUAUUCAAAUGCUGACCAUGAUAAAAUGGUGUCAGAACACACUAUGUAUCACAGCUUGUUGCAUAUGGGGCUGCAAAUGCCUUUAAUGGGGAUGUGAGCAUCAGAACUGGACCAUGGAAGAUGGAUGCCUGGUCUGAUGAAUCACAUGUUAAAUAGGUCAGGUAGAUGGCCAGGUGCAUGUGCAUUAUGUACCUGGGGAAGAGAUGACUAUGUGAUGCACUAUGGGAAGAAGACAGGCUGGUGGAGGUAGUGUUAUGCUUUGGCAAUGUUCUGCUGGGAACCUUUCAGUCCUGGCAUUCAUGCGGAUGUUACUUUGAGACGUACCACCUACUUUGCAAUUGUUGCAGACCACUUUGUUGCAGUGGUGUUCCCUGAUGGCAGUGGCCUCAUUCAACAGGAUAAUGUACCCUGCCACUGUAAAAAAAUGUUCAGGAAUGGUUAGAGGAACAUGACAAAGAGUUCACAGUGUUACAUUGGCCUCUAAAUUCCCGAAAUCUCAAUCAGAUUGAGCAUCUGUGGGAUGUGUUUGAACAACAAAUCCGAUCCAUGGAGUCCCUACUUCACAUCUUGCAGGGCAUAAAGGAUCUGCUGCUAAUGUCUUGGUGCCAAAUACCAUAGGACACGUUCAAAGGUUUUGUGGAGUCCAUGCCUCGACACAUCAGAAUUAUUUUGGCAGCACGAGGGGGACAAACAUGACAUUAGACAUAUGGCCUUAAUGUUGUAGCUGAUCAGUGUAGUCCUUGCACAGCUUUGGGGUGUGUUUCAUUCCAUUAGUUUGCUGAAGAAUAACAAUCCAUUAAUGAAGUAACCACUCCCUGGAGUUUGUGAUGAUAGCCACGCUGGUUGAACGUACAAUAGGCUUGGUCAAAAUUACCAGCCGUUUUACCAACACAGAUCAAACAUGCAUAAGUUGUGCAUUCACCAUCUGUGCAUCUUACCAGGAAGCAUUGUAUAAUGAAGCAUUAGAACAGGGGUUCUCAACCCAGUCCUCAAGGACCCCCUACCAGUCCAGGAUUUAGGGAUCACCUGGGUGUGUCUAAGGUGUUGAGAAAAAAAAAACACCUUAGAGUCUAAGGUGUUUUUUUUGCUUUUUCUCAACACAGACACAGCCAGGUAAUCCCUAAAUCCUGGACUGGUAGGGGGUCCUUGAGGACUGGGUUGAGAACCCCUGCAUUAGAAUGAGCAUCAUUGGAUGGCAGUGAUUGGUUGAGUGUCAGCUGACCAAGGAAGAGUACAAUCUCAAGGAAGAGUUCAAUCCGCCUUAUUAAUAUGUCCAGUGAAGGCUGAACAAUAAACUAAUUUAGUUUUAAACUGCUCAAAAAUGGUUUCACACUGUAUGGGGGAACAGCACAAGGGUACUGCAGGCACUAUAGCCAAUUCAAUUAAAUCAAAUGGUUAUAGUGUCUACAGUGUUCCUUUAUGUGUUUAUAGUUAGAAGUAUAAAUAUUCAUGAAAAAUAUGACUUGUUUCAAAUACAGAGUAAACUAAUAUCCAGGUCAGCUGCACCUUUCAUUUAACUGUCCUUCCAAACACAUACAGAUACUAAGAAGGAUCUGAAGAUGAUCACCACUCACCUGCUGGAUAUGCUUGCAAGCAAGAAAGUGUCUGGGCAUGGAAGAGAUCAGGCACUGAACCUUCUCAACAAGAAUAUCCCUCGCAAAAAUCUCAAGGACAAAGACCACUCCAAGAGUCUCUUUGUGAUUGAUACAGGUGAGACAUGGAAUUGCUUUGCUGUUAUAUUGAGCACAAUAUUAUUUAGUCAAGGAAAUGCUGAUUUUAAUGACAAAUUACUGAUUUGGAUUAACUGUUUUGUUUUUGUUUCUUUUCAUUAGUUUAAAUUCUUGUAUGUGAAAAUAGGAAAGGUGGUAAACCGCGCCAAAAAAUGUGUUACAGUAAUAGAAUUAUUAUAUCAUACAUGCAUAUGGAUCUCGGUUAAUACAGCAUGGAAAAAACCUCAAAGGAGAUAAAAACAGUGAAAUAAUAGUGCAAUAUGUUCUAAUUAAUAGAUGUUAAAAUAUGUAAAAUUCUAGAUGAAAGGCAAACUAAGAGCUCUGCUGUAUAGCUCCUGGACGGUACAAUCCCUGUCUUAGGAUAUGUGGGUGUUGGGAUGUCCAAACUCAACAACCAUAUAUAAAUAUAUAUAUAUAUAUAUAUAUAUAUAUAGAAAAAGACAAAAUACAAAAUCCAAUGGUACAGUAUCAAAGCCAAAACUGGAAUAAAAAAUGUAGAUAUCCUACUUACAGUGUCCAGAGCAAUGACUUGCUCUGGUGGUGAUAACUUGUGGUGGUAUGAUCCCCACCAAGGAAUAUGUGGAUAUAACAGGAAACCAGGAAAGAUGUAAAAGCCAGAGGAUUGAAUAAAAAAAAGCUUAACUUUAUUUCUCAAAAAUAAUUUAAAACAUAAAAAAUAGCUUCUAGUCCUUCCCUUCCUUAAGGGAAGGACUAGAAGCUAUUUUUUAUGUUUUAAAUUAAGGGAAGGACUAGAAGCUAUUUUUUAUGUUUUAAAUUAUUUUUGAGAAAUAAAGUUAAGCUUUUUUUAUCCAAUCCUCCGGCUUUUACAUCUUUCCUGGUUUCCUGUUAUAUCCACAUAUUCCUUGGUGGGGAUCAUACCACCACAAGUUAUCACCAGCAGAGCAAGUCAUUGCUCUGGACACUGUAAGUAGGAUAUCUACAUUUUUUAUUCCAAUUUUGGCUUUGAUACUGUACCAUUGGAUUUUGUAUUUUGUCUUUUUCUAUAUAUAUGGUUGCUGAGUUUGGCCAUCCCAACAUCCACAUAUCCUAAGACGGGGAUUGUACAGUCCAGACUCUAUACAGCAGAGCUCUUAGCAGCUCUGCAAAGUGUGAGUUUGCCUAUCAUCUAGAAUUUUACAUAUUUUAACAUCUAUUAAUUAGAACAUAUUUCACUGUUUUUAUCUCCUUUAAAGGAUUUUUUCCAUGCUGUAUUAACCAAGAUCCAUAUGUAUGUAUGAUAUAAUAAUUCUAUUACUGUAACACAUUUUUUGGCGCGGUUUACCACCUUUCCUAUUUUCACAUUUCAGUUCACUACAUAGCAGGUAUUGGGAAAUCCUGCUGGUUCACUGCUGCCUCACACAUUUUUGGUUUCAUAUAGAGCACCUAAACUUCCCUAUAUUUAAAUUAUGGCUUAAAUUUUGUAUUAAUAUGCAUUGGAACAAGUUGUUGGUCUCAGAAAAAAUCUGACUUCCAUUAUGGAGUCAAGAAGGAAUUUUCUCCCUUAUGGCACAAUUGGUCAUUGCUUCAAAUUGGGGUUUUCACCUUCUUUUGGAUCAACAACAUAAAAAGAUGUGUUUAAAAGAUGAACUCUGACUUUUUUCUGAUUAUUUCUUCUGCUGCGUUAAUAUAAUCUUAGAUAAUCUUUAAUAAUAUUAAACACAACACAGAAUUGACUUUAGGCCAAAAAGGCCCCACUGAAAAUAUAGCGGAAUUGCAGAAUUUCCAAAUUUAAUUUAUUUUUCUAAAUUCUUUAUUUAUGCGACAGGGUAACAGGUACAAUGUACAAAAACAGAAAAUGCAAUAGUAAAUAUCAUACAUUUUUAUGGUGACAAACAUAAAGGAAAAGCUAGCUUGAUUAAAAUAUACAUUACUGUUGACCAGAAAAUAUAAUGAUCACUAAAAGUGGUCUCAAAUCACAACAUAUAAAGUAGAGAAGAAAAAAUAAAUAGAAAAAUGGGAAUAAAUGGAGCUCUGUUGCUGCCUAUUUUGAACAUAUCAGAUGUGCUCACAUAUGCUGACAACAAUGUUGCGGAGUUUAAUUUCAACAUAAACUAAUUCUGUAGUAAUAAUGUUUUAUGUAGUCAUCUGUACCAUCCCAUACCAAUAUAAUUUCAGAUUAAGGUUAGUUACAUUUAUUAUUGAAAGGAGACCAAUAUAUAUAUUUUACGGAACAUUAAAAUUAUAUAUUAAAUAUAUUUAUUUUUAAUGUUAGUGUUCUUUCUGAUUUAGACUAUUGGUCUUCCCUGUAAAAUAAAUUAGAACACAAUGCCUCAUCUUUUAUUUAGUCUCCUUCCAGCAGCCACUCCUCAUUUACUGAGCUCAUCUAUCUAGAUGACCUAUGGUACACUGCAAUGCUUCUCAUUGAAAAGAAUUGUUAAACUACUGAGCAUGCAUGGCAAUAACCACGAUCAGCCAAUCAGCUGCUUCUCUAUGAGAAGAAUUCACAGAGUUUAGCAUCAUCAUGCUAUUGAGGAGUUGCCUUUUAGUGGCUGUCUUAUUCUAACAACAGGGGCAUCAGCUAUGAACCCAUCAUAAGUUGUCUUGGUGUUUUGAGUAUCCCUUUUUAAGGGGUAGGUAUUGUUCUAACCUCCAUUUUGUAGAUCAGUGCCAAACAUAUUGUGCAUGUAUUUUAGCCUCAUAGGAUCCUGUACUCAGCAAGUAGGGAAGAGUUAUAUGUCAACAAAGCACAUAAAAAAAUAUCAACAAAAGAUAAUUUUGGCUUUAUUUUUUUCCAGGUUUAAAAAAGAUACUAAAAGUACUAGGGCAGGUUCCAGAAUUACCCAAUUGUUUGCCACUGACAGUGAACACUCGAAUAAAUGCAUCCGUUCUUGUGAAUAGGCUCUAUGAUGAUUUGCGCUGUGAUCCAGAAAGAGACAACUUUAGGACAAUCUGUGAAGAAUAUAUAACGUAAGUCAUUCAAUUAAUCCCUGUUGUCAAUGAGAAAAGAAACAACUUGGGAACAAGUGAUAGGUAUUUAUAUUAGAAUACUUUUAGUGUUUCUUAUAGUAACAGUAGAGUAACAGAUAUUGAUAUAGCUAAAAUGCAGAAUGCAAGAUGCAGUAUGCAACUAGUUCAGUUCAUGGACGGUUUAAUUAGAUGAUGUACACAUGGAUUCAAGGUCAGUAAAUUGAAGUAGAUUAUCUAAUUUUGUCAGAGGGAAAUUAUGAAUGUAGAAUUGAAUUAUGUGCUGAGCCAUGGACCAUGAGGAAAUGGGGUAGAAUAGAAAACUCCUAAUUUAAAGGGACACUCUAGCCACCAAAACAACUUUAGCUUAAUAAAGCAGUUUUGUUGUAUAGCUUAUGCCUCUGCAGUCACACUGCUUAAUUCUCUGCCAUCUAAGCGUGCAAUCACUUUUGCUUCUGUUAAUGCAGCCAUAGCCACACCUUCCCUGGCUGUGACUCAGCCUACAGUGAACAAAAUGAUUUCACUUUCAAUCAGAUGUAUACUUUCUUUAGAAUGUUUUUUCUCUUGCUCUGUAAAUUGAACUUUAAUCAUAUACAGGAGGCUCCUGCAAAGUCUAGCAAACUAUUAACAAAGCAGGAGAUAAGAAAUUCUAAAUUAAAAUCUGCAAUAGAGGAAUUUUAAACAUUAGAUCUCUCUUUACAGCAAGUGUUUAUGGAGGCUGUGCAAGUCACAUGCAUUGAGGUGUGCCUAAGACUGUAUAAUUUAAAGUUAUUUAACUUCUUAACUUAGGAGAAUAGAACAGUGAGACUGCAGGGGCAUGAUCUACACACCAAAACUGCUGUGUUAAGCCAAAGUUGUUUUGGUGACUAUAGUGUACCUUUAAAUGUUAAGAUGCAGAGAAGCAGAUGAGUGGGCAACAAUAAAUCUCUUUCAAAUAAACUACAUAUUAGUGCUAAUACUCCCUGGUUUAUAGUGAAGUCUUCACUUUCUAAAUUUACUAUAUUUUUUUCCAGUGUCAGAUUCUCCCACCUUCAUUAUUUAUCUGUUAGUUGUUACACACGACAUUUCUGUUGACCAGGUGUUUUGUAUAUGACUAAACUGGCAUUUGUGCAAAAAGGGAACUUUACAUUUUAAAGGAACACUAAAGGCCACCAGACUCCUACAUCUAAAUGAAGUGGUCAGGGUGCGGAGUAUUGAUGCUGCGUUGCAAAAUUUUGGAGGAAAUGCAAUGCUUACAUUGCAGGGUUAAAUACACCUCUAGUGGUUGUCUUCCUGACAGUCACAAGAGGCACCUACUUUGUGAGAAGUGAGGUAGACUCUAUUCUCAAUCAAAUGCUGCUCAUAGAGAGAGUUUGAUUGGCACAGUGCAGUGAUUUUAGAAGAAUGCCCUAAUAGGAAGCAUUGGAUUGUUUGAGAUUAUCAUUCAGCCAGGUAGGCAAGUCCACACUGCAGAGACUGGUGUGGAGAGGUACAGUGGGUUAGACCACCUUACCAGUAAGUGUCUUUGGGCAAGACACCAAAUAAUCUAUAUUUGCCUCUCGUUAAUCCUUAUCGAUUGUUAGCUUGUUUGAACAUGGCCUCCUCUAUGUACAAAUAUCCCCUUUUCAUAAUUGUAAAGCACUAAGGAAUAUGUUGGGUUACAUAAAUAUAAUAACACUACAGUUUCCUUUAAGCGAAACCAAACUGGAAAAUAUCUCCAUCACAGCUAUGUUUCCAGCACACCUAGUUUGUCCUACAAUUUUCCACUGCUUUGUCUAUUUUCCACAACUCCCAGUUUAGUAAAUAGAUCUAUUGUUUUACACUUACUACACCACAGUUUGUACCUUUGUGGAUGUAUAAAAAUACAUGAUCCAUAAGAAAUCUAUAGUUAAAAUCUUAAUGCUUCCUUGAAGCAUUUAACGUUUAGAGUGUUGCGGAGAAAUUGUUAUUUUAAUAUAAGCCACACAUAUCUCAAACAUGUUAGAUUUACUGGUUUUGUCUUGUUUUGCCUAUUGUACAACACUAUGGAAUAUGUCAGCGUUAUAAAGAUAUAAAGAAUUGGAAUUGUAGCUAAUAAUAGAAAAAAAAUAUUAUCUACUUAAAAACCUAAUUAUAUAUAACCAACUGCAUUUUUUUCAUAAAUCUUAAUAAUCUAACCUUUCUGCCUUGUAUAAUUUUGUUACAAUUAUAACAGGGGGACUUUUGACCCAAAGAAUAUGGAGAAGAACUUGCAUGCCAUCCAGACUGUGUCGGGGAUCUUGCAGGGUCCUUUCGAUCUUGGCAACAAACUCCUAAGCAUGCAGGGAGUGAUGGAAAUGAUGGUCGCACUAACUGGAUCAGAGAAUGAGAUCGAUCAGCUGGUUGCUGUAGAAGCUCUCAUUCAUGCUUCCACCAAACUUAGCCGUGCCUCCUUCUUCAUCACUAACGGCGUGUCAAUGUUGAAAGAGAUCUACAAGAAAACCAAGAAUGAGAAGAUAAAGAUACGUGCUUUGGUGGUAAGUAAGUUCCUGAGAUUAUCUAAAACAACACAAUACAAAUAAAUAGCUUGAAUGAAUUUAAUAUCUGUUUCAUAUAUAUAUAUAUAUAUAUUUUCAUUUAUUGACAUUAGGAAUAUUGAGCUAUAGAAACGUAAAGAUUAUUAAUGUUAACAGUAUGCCUUAUUUGUUUGUGUGUUCCAGGGUCUUUGCAAACUAGGAUCUGCUGGUGGCACAGACUACGCUUUAAGGCAGUUUGCAGAGGGAUCUACAGAUAAACUCGCCAAGCAAUGCAGAAAGUAAGUAGGCAAAGUAACUCAACAUUUUAAUAUAGUUUACAAAAUAUUAUUAGGCGAUCGUAAUUUGUCUUCAUCUUAUAUAUAUGCACUUGUUUACAUUCUCAAACAACUACCUCUUAAAGCAAAUCUGAUUCUCUUGAACUAGCUAUUUGUUAGUAAGCAUUUAACCCGUUACAACCAGCAUGGCUAGCUAGUAUGGUUUGUAAAAAUGUCAGCCACUAAAAUCAACCAAAAAACUAGGUUUAAUUUUAAACGUUACUUUGAACUAGCAUAAUGGUGAUAGGAAACUACUGGUGUAAACUGAGCUCAAACUAUUUUGCCAAUGUAGUUUUGACUUGAUUAUUUGACAGUAUUGUAUGCAUUUAACCACUGUUGAAAAUAGGGACAUCUAGUGGUCAAUCUUUAGUACUAGCACGUGUGAGUCCAAAUUUUAGGUAGUAUGCUUACUUCAGCCAAUGUUUUGCCAGAUGAUGGAUACAUCUGAGUGUAUUUACAUAGACUCAUAAUUAAGGUUUUGGAUCAGAUAAAAGCAAGUACUUUUCUCCCCAGGAUAAUGUUUAAAAUAAAAAACAUUUGUAUUUUACUGGCUUCAUUUUCCAACUCUUCUUAACAUUAUAAAGUUUAUAUAAGUUUAGUUUUUUAUUUGUGUAUUAGGCUAUUAAAAUGUUAUAUCAGCUGUGGGAUUUGGAGAUAAUAUUGUGGGUAUUCCAUUUUGAAAAUAGUGUCUUACACUGUAUCUACCAGCAGUGUCAUAAAACUAGUGUUGCCUUAAUGUUAUCAGUGUCCCAAUACUGUCUAUUUAAUAUCAGGACACUAGCCUUAGUACUAGCUGUGUCUUAGUACUAACUUUGCUUUAAUACUAGCUGUUUCUGAACAUUAUAUUUGUCUUAAUAUUAGUUAAAACUUAAUACUCCGUCAUAACACAAACUGUGUCUUUAUACUAUCUGUGUCAUUAUUACAGUGGUGUUUUAAUAUUAACAGGUGGUUAUGUAAUCCGAGCAUUGACAUACAAACCAGGAAGUGGGCAGUGGAAGGUCUGGCUUACUUGACACUAGAUGCUGAUGUGAAGGAUGAAUUUGUAGAAGAUGAAGAAGCCCUGCGGGCCAUGUUCGAACUAUCUAAGGUCUGGUAGAGUAUACAUCAAACAUUUUGCUUUGUUACUAAUUAAAAAGCAAUGAUGCCUUGCAUAAUUGUAUCUAAGUGACAUCAUUGAUGUGGGUUAUACAAGCAAUGUUCACGGUCGCAAUGUCCGGAACCCUCACACUAAAUAGUGAUCAAUGCCUCACAUGCCUGUAAAGUUUAACAAAGAGAAAAGGUUUGUUUCCCAACUCAAUAAUACAUGAUUAACUUCUACAUUCAUGAAUAUAUAUGGCCUUAAUUAUAUGGUUGAUUUACCAGCAGUGGCAUAACUAGGGUUUUUAAAAGUAAAUUAUGUAUUCCCUUUUCCUACUGGUCUGAUGCUAAUACCAUCAGAGGUAUCUUUCUAUCACUGGCCAGGCUAAUUCAGGCAACCAGGAAUAUCAAUAUCAAUGACAUAUCAAUCACUACAGUGGAUUAACCUACUCUCUCGCUCUUGAGCAUUAAUUACUGACCACAAAAUCUCUACCCUACCACCACUAAAUGCCUUGCUGAAAUAGAAAUUGGUGAAAUCUGUGAAUAUUAUUAGAAAUUUACCUGUAAUAAAAACCUGCAUUUAUGUAUUUUCAGGGUUUGCUUUGAUCACAGAGUGGAAUUUACACAGGAUAAAUUAUAUUUUUUAUUCAUAUGUUCUUCUUACAGACAAGCGAUAAGACUGUCCUUUACUCUGUGGCUACUACCUUGGUCAACUGCACAAACAGCUAUGAAGUUAAGGAAGUUAUUCCUGAGCUUGUACAAUUGGCUAAAUUCUCCAAACAGCAUGUUCCAGAGCAACACCCUAAGGUAUGAUUGGUGGUAAAUACAGCGCUAGUAUUGCCGUGGACAAAUGAUCGACCCACAUGGUGAAAAUGGAUUUAAGUCAUCUACAAGAUCCAUAUUUGAUGGUAUUCUCUCAACAUUUACAACAAUUGUUAAAACAAUUGUUAGGAGUCAAAGGACACUUUUUCACCAGACCUAUCUCUUUAAAAGACAGCAGUGGGGGCUAGUAAAGUUUUAAGAUAUGGAGAACCAGAUUUGUCCCACAGAAUUUUACUCCUCCCAUAUACUCAUACAAUACAGAGAGCUGGGCAGAAUAAAGAGGUGCUUCUACAAUGUAACAAGUUGGACACAACUAAUGGGGGGGGGACCUAUUCCCCCCCCCCCGUCCCCCACCCCUGAGCGGUGGGUGGGGGCCCCUAAGUAAAAUUAUGGGGGGGACCUAUUGUCCUCCUACCGGCCCCCACCGCUGAGCGGCGAGUGGGGACUGACUUACCUGUCAGUCUCUUCAUUUACCUGUCAGAGCACUCUGAUUGGAUGGCUUAAACCCACCAAUCAGAGUGCUUUGAGCCUAAUUGCAGGGCAGGGCAAAGCUUUAUAAGCCUUCCUCCACCCUGCAGAGCUCAAUCUGCGCGGAGCCCUCGAUAGGUGAAGAUGGAUUUUUAUUUUUGUUGCGCUCGUUUCCCCCCCUAAUUAGUAUUUUAGGGCCCCACCUCUUAGGGGUGGGGGCCAAGGGGAGGAUAUUAGGUCCCCCUCAAAUUAGUAUUUAGGGCCCCCACCCACCGCUCAUGGGUGGGGGCCGGGGGGAGGACACCCGCCAUUCAGGGGUGGGGGCCGGGGGGGGGCAAUAGGUCCCACCUUCAGGUUAGGAGGGGGACUUUUUUUUUUUUUACAGUGAGCAGCCAUAGACUGCUCACUGUUUAAUAGACAUGCCCCUACUCACAGUAUAGUGAGUAGGGGCAUAAUUUAUUAAUACUAAGUAAUCUUUACUUAGUAUUAGUAAAUUUGGCUGAAAGACCCAUUUAGGUCUUUCAGCCUUUUAGUAGAUAGCUCCCUAAUACCGUGGGAAAUACGGAGUUAUCUACUUAUUCAUUCCUGUCAUUACUGGCUAAGUAACUUACAUUUUAUAUGAAUGUAUGUUACUUGAUUGUUGCAAAUGCUUACAGCUGAAUCCUGGCUAUGUUUGUAUAAUUUUUAUUUAAAAUUGUAUACAGUGUAACAUUUUUCUUCUUCCACUGGGUAAGUAUAUUAGUACUUAGGCAAUACUGUGCUUCGGCACUUUGGCAAUUCGGCAACUUCGGGACCUCAGUACUUCGGCAAUUCGGAAGUAUCCGAAUGUCCGAAUUGCCUGAAAUUCGUCCAAAUUCAUAUUCGGCCCGAAACUAAUUGCACAUGUCUAAUGUGAAUGUAUGUAUUAGGCAGUGUGUGUGAAUGCACGUAUUGGGCAGUUUGUAUAUGUGUGUAUAUAUUAUGCAGUUUAUCUGUGUUUAUGUAUUAGGCAGUGUGUGCAUGUGUGUGUAGUGGGGAGCUUAUGUGUGUAUGGAGAUGUGUAGUGAAGGGGGGGACUGAAACAACCCAACACGCAGAGUAAAACCCACCAGAGUAAAUAGAGACACAAAGAAGGUCCCUAUACCGGUCCUUAGAAUGGCCAGAAUAUAGAAUAAACUUCAAUGAACGUCAGAAAAAGCCAAGGUCAAGGGAAACCAGAAAUACACAAGAACGGGUAACAAAGUCAAGGGAGCCAGAAAACAGAAUAAUCGAGAGCAAGCCGGGUGAAAACCAAAUAAAUACCAAAAGCGACACAAGAACGCGCUAUAGGGACACUAGUGACACUAGGAACCACAACAGGGGACUGUGCCUUGGGCAGACUGGGAUUUUAUAUGGUUGGGGGCGUGGUUAGCAUAGCCAUACCCCCAAAAGGUAUGUGUGUGCUGACCACUAUUGCUUAGAGCUCUUCUGAUGUCAUGCUGCCGGCAUGUUUGCACUGUGUCAUAAAAAGGGGAGGUCGCACAGCGGACAGCAUCCAUGAGGCUGACUGGAGCCUCAUGCUGCGUGGGAGCGGCUGUCCGACAUCAGUGGACCACUAAGGUAAGUGCAAGAGGGCUGACAGGGACAGAAUGAAACAAAUGUGUAUCAGCAUCUCUUUGUGGCAAAUGUCUGCUCUGCAAAAGGCUUCAAAGCAGGUGCCGAGGUAUCACUCUACGCUGCUUGCAUAGCUUCUUUACACACCAUGUUGAUGCCAGGAGGUGGGAUGUGAUGUCACUUCCAGCCCCAACAUUAGCAUGGAGCUGUAGGGAGCUGUGCAUUAGCUGCACAACAUGGUCCCAGUUGUUAUAUUGCAUAACAAACCCAUACAAGUAUGUUAUACUGAUGCAAAGGCAACAAACUUUCACAAAGGGAAAUCUAAACAGAGCCACAAGGAGCUUCACUGAUAAAGCUUCUUGUGCAGUUGUUUGACUUUUUAAAAUGUUGAAGUUUGUUGUUGUUGCAACAGUGGAGAUUUUAGAUGUUGUGUGUAACUUUGGAAAACACCAACUCUCUUUAUAUAAGCCCCAUAGUACCAUUGUUACUCUGAUUUGCAAACUAUAGAUCUGACACCUCUGCAUAUGUUUCUGUGUAUAUUUACAUUUAUUUAUUUUCAGUGGUAUGAUUUAUUUGUGGAAAUUAUUAGUACCCCUCCCAAUUUUGACUGCAGUAUCUUACAUGCCCCCCCCCUACAUAUUGUUCCUAGAGUUGCCAGUCAUGGUAGUUGCCUUGCAUUAUAUAUGAGUAAAAGUGAAUAUGGUGAUUCAGAAUUACACCCACUAUUAUCUCCUGUUCCUGGAAACACAUAAGAUGUGCUGAUAUACUCAGAUGGAUAAUCUUUGAUCAUUCUUUGUGUUAUUGUGUUUCUUAGGAUAAAAAGGACUUUGUGAUGAAGCGUGUGAAGAGGCUCCUAAAGGCUGAUGUAAUCUCUGCCCUUGCAUGCAUGGUGAAAGCAGACAGUGCCAUCCUAACAGAUCAAACCAAGGAACAGUUGGCUAGGUACAUGCCCAAGGGAAAGUCAUGCAAGAAGUGAACAAAAUAGGGUAUUUUUAAUUAGAAGUAUAGUAAUUUUAUUUUUACCUCUGUUAAUAAAGUGAUAGUACUCAGGACAUCCUUGUUUUAAGAUUUGUGUUAAUCUUUGAUACUGAGUUUAUUUUCCCUUUUCAAUGUUGUGUAGGGCUGGGUGGAAAUAUGGGUUUAUGUAUCAUUAUACAAUGUAUUGUCGAAUGGGUGGGUGAACAACAAACACUAGCCUGCACAUACUAUUAUAAUCAAAAGUACAACUAUAGAAGAACCACCAAAACGUUAUCAGAAAUAUCUUUAUAACAAGAAUACUAUUAACAGACUUCAGGAGAGAGACUUUGCAUUUAGGUAUAGUGAAUUGAGAAAUGUGAUGCAACGCGUGACUUGCACUUUCAGAUUGUAAAAUAUAGACCUAAAGUAACAAAUGAAAACAUGUUUUAUUAAUUAUUGAUUCUCUUUUUAAGGGUUUUCCUGGCCUUGUGUGAUGAUCCCAAGGAUAGAGGGACCAUUGUCGCUCAAGGAGGAGGCAAGGUAAUGUUCUCUGUAGACCUUUUAGUCUGCAGCCUGGUGGGUGAGACACUGCAGUCUGUUAAUAUGUUUUUAAUGCAGAUAGAUUUUGCACCUAAACAUUUUUGCUUGCAUUUUUUUUGUUAACAGGCCAUGAUCCCGUUGGCACUGGAAGGCACAGAUGUAGGAAAAACAAAAGCUUCUCAUGGUCUGGCCAAGAUUGCAGCUGUGUCUAACCCUGACAUAGCAUUCCCAGGGGAGAGAGUAAGUAGAUCAGGCUGUUGUGAAUAUAUUUUGCAUUUACCAUACCACAUAAAGAAAAAACACUAAUCUACAGGGUUUAUUCGCUAAUUGCUAAGUGGACCUGAAAGAGGAUGAUAUUUAUUUGAGCUCCCAAGAUUUAUCACGUUGAUUGUUCAGAAUAUCCUUUAACACAGCUCAUGAUAGCCCAUGAAAUAAUCUUCCAUUGGAUCUCUUUGUAACAAUUGUUUGUGCAAUAUAAACUGCAUUAACAACUCCUUGAUUUCAAUUAAUUUCUCCCAAAUACAUACACUUACUGACAGACACACACACACACACACACACUCACUGACAGUCAAACACUCACACACAGACAGACACUCACUGACAGACAGACAUACACACACUCACUGACAGUCAAACACUCACACACAGACAGACACUCACUGACAGACAGACAUACACACACUCACUGACAGUCAAACACUCAAUGACACACAUACUCAGACAUCCAGCCUCCUUACCUCCCUGGUUCCAGUAUGGGGCAGCUCCUCACUCCUCCAGCACGCUGUUUUGUAUGCCGGGCCCGGAAUGACAUCAUAUUCCGGCUCCCAGCAUCACAGAGGGCGCGCGAGGGAGGAGUGGGGAACUGCAAGAAAAGCCUCCCUCGCCACCGCCACCUGCCUCUUCUCCUCCGGCAUUCAUUGGCAGAGCAGGCACCUGCCAUCACGGUAUGCAGGUGCCUGCUCUGAAACUGAGGGACAGCUUUCGGGAUGCCCUGAGGUGGCCACAUGGCGCCCCUAUUUUCGGGCGCCUGGAGGAUCAGACAGCGCUGAGGGGGGCGGUUCUAGAGCCGCUCGCCCAGCACUGCGGCCCAGGACAGGGGGAGCCCACCAUGAAAUAUCGAAUAUCUAGUUCGCCUAACAGUUGCGCCGGCCCUUCAUAUACAUACACUUUGGGUCAGACAGUGUAUGAAAACCAACAGUUAGUCUCUAUGGUCUUCCCAGGCUCUGUGCUGGAGUGAAACCGGGAAGAUCAUAGAGACUAACUGUCAGUAUUCAAACAAUGUCUGACCCAAGAUGUAUGUCUGAAGGAUCCUGUCAUUUACUAAAGGUCGGGAUGAGUUUUUCUCAGUUUUUUUUUUUAAAUAGUUUGGUUUAAAAAAAAAAGAUUUCAAAACUUGAUGAAAGGAUUCUUAUAUUAAAAUGUUUUUGAGGUGACAGUUGUCCUUUAAUGUUAAUUUAGCAAGAUUAGCUUUUGACUCUAAUGGAUGCAUAAGAUUUACCACCAGUAUGCUCUGUCUAGAAGACAGUAACCUUAGCUGGUAAUUUCUAGUAUAGAAUAAAUAAGGACUGUAUUAUCAAUGCUGCAUAAAUGCUUAUUAGAAUAUUAUAAUUCCUUCAGGUCUACGAGGUGAUACGUCCUCUGGUUAGUCUCCUGAACACAGAAAGAGAUGGAAUGCAGAACUUUGAAGCUCUCUUGGGUCUCACCAACCUAGCUGCAAAGAGUGACAAGCUGAGGUUUGUAUCAGUUUCAUUGAGAUAUAUAUAUAUAUAUAUACACAAAGUGUUAACAGAUACCUGUCCACUUUGGCACAUUAUAAUUAGAGCAUAAAAGAUAGUCGUAGCUGCUACUAUUACUUCAUGGAUUCACUUUCAAUGUUCAUCUCAAUAGGCAGAAAAUUAUUAAAGAGAAGGCCCUUCCAGAAAUUGAGAAUUACAUGUUUGAAAAUCAUGAACAGAUCCGGCAAGCUGCCACCGAAUGUAUGUGCAAUUUAGUGGUGAAUAAAGAGGUCAGUCUAGAAUGUGAUAUCUAAAUACUAUGCUUUGAGUAAAGAUCAGUUACCAACUAGUAAUGUUUCUCCACUUGUAUUGUUCAAAGUAUUGCAGACAUGUUCUCUCUUGUUAUUCCCCAAUUUGAUCAUUUUGAGAUGUAUUAUUUAUGUUCACAAAUGUUAAUAUGUAUGGGGAAAUAUAUAUUUGUACUUCUCCCUAAUGUUCAACUGCAUUUCAUUAUCUCUGUCUUAGUUGGACCCUUUUCUCUUGCACUCGUUGGUUGUUUAGAAUCUGUUUAAGCUAGACUUUUUCUUAGUGAAAAAAUGUAUCUAAAAAUUUUGUUGGUCAUUUCGGGAUUUGUCCAUGUGGCGUUUCAGCUUUUUUAACAAUGCAGUCAUUUUAGGAAAAUCUAUUUGGAUGAAUUAAAAUGACAGGAAACAGCCCAAUCCGUGUACUGCAUAAUAUAUACAUAAUAUUAAUAGAUCCUGCCUUUGGUUCACAGAUAAAGUGAGAACAAGUAAUCUUUAGAGGUAUAAAGGUAAAACAGAUUCUAUAUAAUAGGGAGGAGUCGGGCAACUAUAGGCCAGUAAGCCUUACUUCAGUACUGGGGAAAGUGAUGGAAACCAUGUUAAAGGAUAGGAUUGCUGAACAUCUAAAAACACAUGGAUUUCAAGAUCAGAGACAACAUGGGUUUACUUCAGGGAGAUCAUGCCAAACUAAUCUUAUUGAUUUUUUUGAUUGGGUAACUAAAAUUAUAGAUCAGGGUGGUGCAGUAGACAUUGCUUACCUAGAUUUCAGUAAGGCUUUUGACACUGUUGCACAUAGAAGGCUUAUCAAUAAACUGCAAUCUUUAAGUUUGGAUUCCAAUAUUGUUGAAUGGGUAAGGCAGUGGCUGAGUGACAGGCAACAGAGGGUUGUAGUUAAUGGAAUAUAUUCGAAGCUUGGACUUGUCACCAGUGGGGUACCUCAGGGAUCUGUACUUGGACCCAUUCUCUUUAAUAUUUUUAUUAGUGAUAUUGCAGAAGGUCUUGAUGGUAAGGUAUGUCUUUUUGCUGAUGAUACUAAGAUAUGUAACAGGGUUGAUGUUCCAGGAGGGAUAAGCCAAAUGGCAAAUGAUUUAGGUAAACUAGAAAAAUGGUCAGAAUUGUGGCAACUGACAUUUAAUGUGGAUAAGUGCAAGAUAAUGCAUCUUGGACGUAAAAACCCAAGGGCAGAGUACAGAAUAUUUUAUAGAGUCCUAACCUCAACAUCUGAGGAAAGGGAUUUAGGGGUGAUUAUUUCUGAUGACUUAAAGGUAGGCAGACAAUGUAAUAGACCAGCAGGAAAUGCUAGCAGAAUGCUUGGUUGUAUAGGGAGAGGUAUUAGCAGUAGAAAGAGGGGAGUGCUCAUGCCAUUGUACAGAACACCGGUGAGACCUCACUUGGAGUAUUGUACACAGUACUGGAGACUGUAUCUUCAGAAGGAUAUUGAUACUUUAGAGAGAGUUCGGAGAAGGGCUACUAAACUGGUUCAUUGAUUGCAGGAUAAAACGUACCAGGAAAGGUUAAAGGAUCUUAACAUGUAUAGUUUGGAGGAAAGACGAGACACGGGGGAUAUGAUAGAAACAUUUAAAUAUAUAAAGGGAAUCAACACAGUAAAGGAGGAGACUAUAUUUAAAUGAAGAAAAACUACCACAACAAGAGGACAUAGGACAUAGGAGUCUUAAAUUAGAGGGACAAAGGUUUAAAAAUAAUAUCAGGAAGUAUUACUUUACUGAGAGGGUAGUGGAUGCAUGGAAUAGCCUUCCAGCUGAAUUGGUAGAGGUUAACACAGUGAAGGAGUUUAAGCAUGUGUGGGAUAGGCAUAAGGCUAUUCUAACUAUAAGAUAAGGUCAGGGAGUAAUGAAAGUAUUUAGAAAACUGGGCAGACUAGAUGGGCCGAAUGGUUCUUAUCUGCCGUCACAUUCUAUGUUUCUAUAUUUCUAUAUUAAUAUAUUAUAUAAUUUAGAUGUAUUUUUUUUACUGCUCAUUCUCUUUUUCCUCUCAAUUGGCCACUUCUCACUUAAUCUGUGAAUAAAAUCAACUUUUAGUUCCUAUCUUUUUUUUUUUGGCACCAUGAAUGGAAUCUUAAAUCAUGAAACAAACAAAACUAUCCAUCCAUUAUCUGUUUGUUUUGUGAUAUAUCCAUAUUGUGUUCCAGAGUUAUGAGAUUUUGAAGAACUGCCAGUCAACCAAAAUCAGAUGAAUCACAAUUCAUUUGAAACUGAAUGCACAAGUCUAGUUUAAGCUUCAACUACCAUUCAGCCUCUCGUAACACUAGCAAGGCAACCUUAUACAAUGCUAGGUUUUACUUUUCUAAAUGGUCAAAACCAGUAUAUUAAAAUGCAGUUUCACUUCAGGUUCCUUUUAUUUGAUUAUAACACAGGUUCAGGAGAGGUUCUUGGCGGAAGGUAAUGACCGGCUAAAAUUGGUGGUGUUGCUGUGUAGUGAAGAGGAUGAUAUAAAACUCCAGCGAGCAGCUGCAGGAGCACUGGCCGUUCUAACAUCUUCUCAAAAGAAGCUUUGUCUGAAAAUGACAGAAGUGGUAAGAACAUCCUAAUAGAAAAAAUUGACUUUUCACAAUUAUAAAAUGCAAACUACAUACUAUAUUGGACACUUAUAAUAACUAAUAGUCAAAUAGUGAAUUGUGUGUGAAUUUAAACUUUUGUCUUAUGCUGCAUAAUUUUAUCUGAUUUAUCUCCUGUGAUGAUCUAUUCUUUCAUUAGACAUGUUUGUCUACAGCAGUGGUUUUUAACCAGUGUGCCUCGGCAUAAACAAGGGAGCCGCCAACAAUUCUUCUUUAUAGAGACAUUCUUUAUUCUUUAUUCUACUAUCAGCAUUUCAGCUCUAAUAAGGGUCUAUGCCAAGCCCCUUGAGGCUUUUUGUUUAGUACCAUUUCAUUAUUAGUUGAAUGGGUUAGUUGAAUACUUAAAUUGUAUAUUUUCACCAAAAAAAAACCUUAUCAACUCAGCCCUUCAUCCUUCCGAGGUAGAUAAAAGGUAGAUAAAAUGAGUACAACUAAAUUGGGUAAUAGUAACAACCCCUAGAUGUUGGGCCAGAGAAAUCUGAAUGUACCAUUCCCAGUUAAAUACAUUUUUUAUUAUUAUUAUUAUGGCUCUAUCCUCCCAGUUAGGAAAUUACAAAGUAUGUAAAUAUGUAAUGAUUUAACAUACAAAUGAUAACGUUUUGAAUAGCAAACAAUUAGAGGUGGAAGGGACCAUAAUUUGCCCUAAGACUGUAGUCCCUGGUCUUUUUCCUACUCAGCAAUGCUGCUUGCUAGAAAUAUGUAUAUGUCAGGAAAGAGUACAGGGAAGCAGGGCCGGCCUUGGGACUACAAAGCAGCCCUGGAAAAAUAAUCUAUGCCAGCCCCGCAACAUGGCAUGGGAAAAAAAAGUGAGUAAAAACAGUAUUUUUAAACAGACACACACAUUCACCAUGACAGACACAGACACACACAUAUACCAUGAUAGAUGACAGACACACACACAUUCCAUGACAGAGACACACACAUGCCAUGACACACACACACACACCUUGACAAACACACAUAUGCAAUGACAGACACACACAUACCAUGACAGACACACACAUACCAUGACAGACACACAUAUGCAAUGACAGACACACACAUACCAUGACAGACACACACCUUGACAGACACACACCAUGACAGACACACACCAUGACAGACACACACCUUGACAGACACACACCUUGACAGACAAACACACACCUUGACAGACACACACACACACACCUUGAAAGAAACACACCAUGACACAGACACAUACACCAUGACACAGACAGACAGACACACACACACACACCAUGACAGAGAGACACACACACACACACCAUGACAGACAGACAGACACACACACCAUGACAGACAGACAGACACACACACCAUGACAGACAGACACAUAAUAUAUCUACCUGAGGGCGACCGGCCAGGGAGUCAUGCAGGGCAGACAGCUGGGUCAGGUGUGCUGGCGGCCGCAGGGGAAUCUGGCUCCUGGCUGUUAUGGCGGCUGGAGGGGGAGCUGGCUGUGCUGGCUCUGUUCCCCAGUACGCAGCUUAAUGAGACCGGGGCUGGAAUAUGACGUCAUAUUCUGGCUCCGGUCUCAUUAAGUAGCGCGCGAGGGGGGGGGGGAGCAGAGCCAGCACAGCCAGCUCCCCCCUCCGGCUGCCAGAACAGCCAGGAACCAGCUCCCCAUGUGACCGCCAGCACAGCCAGCUCCCCCCUGCGGCUGCCAGCACAGACAGCUGUCUGUCCGGCCCCAGGUGCCGACGGCCCACCGGGAAAUUUCCAGGUAUCCCAGUGGGCCAGUCCGGCCCUGCAUGGAAGCAGCGCCCUCUGGGUAUCCUCAAACUCGUAUGGUGGUAAGUAUGGAAAAAUUAGGACAAAAAAACAGAAUAUAGUGUAGUAUAUUCUAUAUGUGGUGAGGUAAAAUAAGAAAAAUGUCACUUACAAUUUUCUGGAACUUAUGUUCAGCUCCAGAUAUAUGCACCUGGGUGGUAUGAUCCCAGCCUGUGGAUAAGUCGCUCAGCUUGGUUCUUUGUAGAUUGUAGGUCAAGCGUUCACGGGAAUUUUCCUCCAAGUCACAGAUAUUCACCAAGUACAUAAAAUGAGAAUAAAAACAUAAAAAUAGUGUUUUGUUGUUAUAAAAGCAAAAUAAAAGGAGGUUUACUCACAAAAGGAGAGCUAAAAUUAGGUUUUUGCUCAAUCCUGUGUAGCAUAGGUGGUUUCCUCCCCAGCAAGGAGGUAGAAACUGUGGCUCCUCCCGAUAAAAUUAGGAAGGUCCAGGUAAGGUAAAAAAAUUUGUUUUAUUUAAAACAAAGAUAAUAAAACCAAUAACAUAAAAACACCAACGCUUUUCACCCAAAGGGGCUUUUUCAAAGUGUUACAGUACAUAAGGACCUGUCCUGUUUAAAUAGCCUCCACAGUCGGGUAUAUCUAGCAUCAUAUGUUCGAGCUCUAGGCAUUUUCGUAGUACUUUACAUCGAGAUCGUAAUACUUUGUAGACAUAGUGCCUAAGGUUACGGUCAUCCCUGUUUCUAUUAGUAAGUGGGGCUUCCACCCUGUUAAGGGCAGCGCAGGGUAUGCAGUGAACGAGGUGUAAUGGGAUACUAACAUAUGGACAGGUAAACAUGUAACCAGACUCCUUCAUGGGGUACCAGUGGAGCUUUGGUAGGCAUUGAUAUGGGGUGGGUUUAUGUAGCAUUACAGUAAAGUGACAAAACUCAUCUGCAUCCAUGUUUUAUACAUUAAGGCACUGUGAAGGGCUGGUGGUUUAGUCCCUCGAGCCCACAGGGGGCCUCAGAUAUGGCCCGUUGACAAUGCAGCUUGGGUGAACCUUCUAGGGACAAACGUCUCGGAGGUGGCCGGGUCCCAUGCAUGGGUGUUAGUGGUUUUGCGGGGUUGCAGUAGGGCGUCUUGUGGGAGGCCCCAGGUCUCUAGGUGCGUUCUCGCCUCUUGUAGGUCGGCUAUUGAGUACGUAGCUUCUCCAUGAAGCACCUGUAGCUUGUGGGGUGGGCGCCACUGGUGUUUGACAUUAUGUGCACAUAAUGAGAGUUGCGCGCCAUGCCAUUGUUCCUCUUGACAAACCCGCAUAAAAUGUAAGAGACAUGUCCUCAAAGGCAUAUGGUGUGUUUCCUGGUGGCGGACAUGACUGCCACUUUAUCCUGUCGUUUUUGGAGUUCAACUAUUAUGUCCCUGGGGCCUGCUAGUGGGGUUGUCGUUGGUUUGGGUAUUCUAAAUACGCCAUCUAGGCUUACUCCUUUGACCUGCUUCGGGGGGAGUAUUUUGCUUACCAGGCGUCUUAUGAUGUGAGGCAAUUCAGUGUCUGGGACUGACUCUGCUAUUCCCCUGAUCUUUAUGUUUUGAGCGCGCCGUGAAUCUUCACUUGCCGCCAUUUUUUUGUUCCACCUGCAGAUGCUGCUGUUGUAGAGAUUUUAUGUCCUGCUGCAGUGUGGUCAGUUGCCGUGUAUGGUUGCUAGAAUCUUGCUCCACGACACCCAUGCGGUCUGACAGGCCCUGGAUGUCUUUUUUCAUAUCUGUCAUGUCGGCCUGGAUGUUCCGUCGGAGUUCUGCCAGUAACUCCUGCAUCUCAGCCUUCGUGACUGGAGUAGCAUCCGGUUGUGUUUUGGGCUGUGUCGGCAUUCGUGCCGCGGGUAAGUCCACCUCUUCUUGGGCCGAGAUUUGGUCGUCGCAAUUGUCCAAGUCGGCCAUAUAGUCUGCCAUGUUAGGCUCUUGGGUGCCAUGUGCUCGCCGCCAUAGGUCCCCAAUACUCGUGCCUGGUCGUGGCAUGUCCGAUUUUAGUUUUUUAUUUUUCUUUCCCAUUGCUGCCUUGUUUACUAGUGCAGUUCAGCUUGUUUCAUCUGUUUUUGGGGGUGAUAAUCGUUGUUUUAUCCAUUUAAGUGCUGUUAUUUCUCGGAGCACGCUGGAGAUGCGACAAGUCGGCUCAGCUGUUGGCUCCGCCCCUUCACACUUUUACAAUUUUAAAUACAAGAUACUACAAAGCAGUGAAGGAGAUUAUGACAUUGCAAUUGUGCAGUUAGAAAAUUAAUACAUUUUAGAGUAACAUACAUAAAAAAAAAAGGGGGGGUAGUGUGUUUAUAAAGGUACACCAAGAUGGCUGCCAAAGCAGGACCAUAGGGUACACCAAUAUGGCUGCCGCCAGUCAAAAGACAAAGGUUGACAUAAUAAUAUAUGACCUCUAUAUAAUAAUACAGCUGCUACACUGCUCUCACAACAACACACACAAAAAACAAUGUGCUCAUUACCAAUUAACAGUGGAGCGCUUCUAAUCAAAUCAAAUAUGUUAUACACUCAGUGAAAGAAAAAAACACACACACUUAACUUCACUCUAUUCUUGUUCCAUAUACAAUUUUGAUUGUAUAUACAUAAGAAGAAGGAAGAGGUUGCCUACACGGACCCACAAGCCUCUAUUUCCCAAGCUAGGUUUUAGCUCUGGAACAUGUGAGUGUUCCAUUAUUUUAAAUUAACAUAACAAUUGUUUUAUGAUAGAACACUAUUUUGUUACCUAUUGAUUUAAAUCAAAAUUGUAUAUGGUAUAAGAAUAGAGUGAAGUUAAGUGUGUGUUUUUUCUUUCAUUGGGUGUAUCACAUAUUUGAUUUGAUGGACUACACUGUUAAUUGGAAUUCAACCUUUUAAAAUUUUAUUUUAUCUAUAUUAGUAUUAAACGAAAUUUCUUCGAGUGUUAAAUUGUACAGCUUUGUGGAAUUUGUUGGCACUUUAUAAAUAAUGAAAAUAAUACUUUUAUUUUGCUAAUUUUUCUAAUUUCUUGUUCUCUAGCCAAUAUUUUUCCUGUGCUAUAUUUUACUUCAUUUUAGGUUAUCGCUUUUCAAUAAAUUUGUUUUCUAAAACCUGUACCUGUGAUUACCAGGUUUGACUCUUUGACAGAUUGUUUCCCUUUAGUAUUAGCCUUAUAUGAAAUUAUGCACCUGCUCAAAAUACAGUACAAUAAAAUCUUAAAAAUGGAUGAACAAAUGUUUAUAAUUUCUCUGUCUAUCUGUCCUCUACUAGACGUCUCAGUGGAUGGAGAUCUUGCAGAGACUUUGUCUUAAUGAAGACUUGCAUGUCCAGCACCGGGGAGUGGUCAUUGCCAACAACCUCAUUUCUGCAGAUAAGGAACUGGCAAAGAAAAUGGUAGAGUCAGAAAUGCUGGAAAUCCUGACAGUGAUUGGGAAGCAGGAGGAAGAUCCCCGCAAACUACAUAUUAUAGCCGUGGCCAGGGAUGCUCUGGUUAAGUGUCUUGAAUAUGGUCUGAUCAAACCUGUUUCGUGA